AGCACGCCGGUGGCGGCGCGAGAGUCGGUAGCGGCUACGGUUCCCAGGUGAGCGGCUCAGGGCCUUCCGCAUCCGGUCGGUCCCGCGGCGGGCGAGCCGUCCCUCCUCUGCGUUCGGGGUCCGUUUUCCCCGGUUCGGAGCCCGACGGAGGCGAGCACCCGGGACAUCCUUUUGCCAUCAUGGAUCGAUUUGGAGAUAUAUCAGAAGGUGAAGUGGACCAUUCUUUCUUUGACAGUGACUUUGAAGAUACAAAGAAAUGUGAAAGUAAUUCAGUUUUUGACAAGCAAAAAGAUGACCUUAAGGAAAGAAUAGAUAAGGACACCAAAAAUGUAAACUUGAAAUUUGGAAUACAAAAUGAUGACCCUAAAGAGAGACUAGAUAAUGACACAGAAAAUGUGAGCUUGAAACUUGGACUACAAACAAAGGAAAAUUACCUUACUCAGAAAGGAAAUGAAAGAAAAGCAAAAAUUUCCUCAAAGGAACAACAUGAAGAAAAUGACACCACACAAACAGGUUCCUGUUUGUUGGCCACUUCUUCAAGAUCAAAGAAACCGUGUGAUUCUACAAAAGGACAUAACUUACCUGUUCCAAAUAGAAUGCCUAAAAGUGUAAAAGGCGAGGAUAAUUACUACACAGAUGGAGAGGAGAGCAGCGAUGAUGGGAAAAAAUAUAUGAAGGCCAAGUCAGCCAAGCCCUCUAAUAACUUCAAAAAAGGCAUAAGUAAAAAGUAUUCCAAUGUCAGUUCCUCCUCCUCUUUGUCUUCCUCAUCUUCAAGAUCAAGUUCAGACUGCUCAUAUACAGGAUCUGACAUCCAGAAGUCUGAGUCAUGCCCAUCAUCUCAGAAACAUGCUUCUGAUGUAGCCCUCUCGUCACCAAAACAGAGAUGUAAAUCAGGAAGAAAACCUGCAGGUCAGCUGCCUUCCAGUACUAAACAAAAAACUGCUGACUAUAAUGAGGAAUCCGAAGACACUGUAACAGAUGUAACUCCUUUGUCACCUCCAGACACCAACACUUCCCAGUCCUUUGAGCUGGGCCCAUCACAUGAUCAGAAAGUAAAAGUUAAAAGGCAAGAAAACGUGAGCCAGGACGUGUAUGAGGAUGUGGAGGCUUUAAAGAAUGAUUCGAGAUCUCUGAAAUCAGCCAGAAGGAAAGAGAAGAGUGGGCUGAAUUGUGCUCCCAAAUCAACCGUGUUAGAUGCCAAUCUAGAACAUAGAUCCAAACAGAAAGUCUUACACGACACAAUGGACCUGAAUCAUCUGUUGAAAGCUUUUCUGCAAUUAGAUAAAAAGGGACCACAAAAACAUCACUUUGAUCAACCUUCAGUAAUACCUAGGAAAAACUACUCUUUCACAAGAGAAGAGCUGAGACAGAUUGAUCGGGAAAAUCAGAGGCUUUUGAAAGAACUGUCAAGACAGGCUGAAAAACCAGGAAACAAAAGUACAAUUCCUGGAAGAUCGAUCAGCCACCCCCCUAAGUUGUAUCAUAGUGCUCUCAACAGACAGAGGGAACAGCAAAGGAUUGAAAGAGAAAAUCUGGCUUUAUUGAAACGGCUCGAAGCUGUGAAGCCAACAGUUGGCAUGAAACGCUCUGAACAGCUGAUGGACUAUCAUCGAAAUAUGGGGUAUCUCAACCCUUCGCCGUCUGUUAGACGAGUGAGAUCUACUGUUGGCCACUAUAGCCCACUGAGAGGAGCUUCCAGGACGUCCAGUGCGACCAGUCGUCUGAGCAGCAAGACCGACCCCCGAUCAGUGUUGGACACAGCCGGUGGCUUUUUGCUAAGACCAAAACCCCUGAGUGUUCGUACUGCCUGGUUGUAAAACCUUUUUUAUGAUACACGUUGUCUGUCCAAUUUUAAGAAUGUAUUUUUAUGUAUUACUGUUACUCUUUGAAAACAUCUGUAAUACUUUUUUCAACAAUUUAUAUAGCAAUGAGUAUAAUUUAUUGUUAUUCAGUGCAAAAUUAUUAUCAAAAGAUACUUUGAUGUAAAAUCAGUGUUUCAUGCGAUGGCAUAUUUAUAGGAGCUAUAUGUCUGUUUAAUUGAGAACGGUGUUAAGCAUGAGUCGUUUCUCAGGAUAGGAAUUCAGUUGUUAUGCUGACAAAACAGCCGUGGUGAUAAUCCAUGUUAAAACCAAGACACUAUAUGGUUCUUACUCGAUAUAUUUUUCAGUUAAUGUAAAUGCUAAACAAGGGGUUGACCUUGUAAACUUAAGCGCCCUGUGCUUCAGUCAGCUUUAGAAUGUCUGCAGCAAUGGGUUGUCACUUGAUUGUGUGCUACGCUCUUUA